UCUAUGGAUUGCAGCUGCAGCAGUCCAAACAGCUGCAACAGUGUCGGCUUGUAGCCAGCCGAACACGCCCGAUGUUUCCCGACGAGAGCUCUCCGCCUCUGCCGGCUGCCGCAAGCAAGCUAACGGAAGCCUGGGCUGCAAAUUGGACGACGCGCGCGACGGAGACUGACUAUACGUGUUGAUAGUUGAGACCUGGGGCGGCGUAUGGCAAUGCUUGUGCGUAACGGUACGAGGCGUCGUGGCGACGCCACCCUCGGUGCUGAGGCCGUUGCACCGGCAGCCGACGGCGACGCCCAGUCCGACACGGUCACACGGCUGCCCUAGCCUCCUGUUCCAAACAUCGCGGUCGCGCCAGGGGUGACUCCGUCUUCCCGCAUCCGUUUCAAACAGCGUUAAUAAGCCGCUCAGCUCGUCCGGUCUUCCCUGCCCGAACUGAACAGAACACCGAGAGGCUCGAGGAUCUUGACUCUGCAACUGCAAACAGGAAUGCCGGGCGUCAGGUCAGAGUCCCCCUCGCCGGAGGUAAGCCGCGUCCGGAUGGCCCUACCCACUGCUUCCGCCAAGAUAGCCAGUGCCAGGGCGAAGGUCGGUGAGAGAGCCAAGACGCCGGCCAACUCGAAGGCGAAGGGACGAUCGGAUGCUCAAGAGAAGCGGGGCAGGAAUGGAAGGCUCGUCCCGUCACUUGGGUGCAUGAGCUCGCCUCCUCUGGUGCCAAUUGGCCCGGACUCGGAGAAGAGGAGGUGUUCCUGGAUCACUGCAAACUCGGAGCCCCACUACGUCGCAUUCCACGAUGGAGAAUGGGGAGUUCCCGUUCACGAUGACCGAAUGCUUUUCGAGCUGCUCACACUUUCACAAGCCUUAGGCGAACUCACCUGGCCUUCUAUUCUGAGCAAGAGGGAGGAACUCAGGGAGAUUUUUUGUGGCUUCAACUUAGUAUUGGUAUCUGAAUUCUCAGAGAAUAAGAUAAACCUGUUGAGAUCAAAUGGAAUCGUGCCGCUGUCAGAGCAAAAGAUUCGCGCAGUUGUAACAAAUGCCAAGCAAAUACAGAAGGUGGUUGAGGAAUUGGGGUCGUUCAGCAACUACUGCUGGAGCUUUGUGAACCACAGGCCCAUCGCAAACGGCUUCCGCUAUGCUCGCCAGGUGCCUACAAAGACGCCGAAAGCUGAAGCCAUAAGCAAGGACUUGAUGCGCCGAGGGUUCCAGUGCGUUGGCCCUACAACGAUCUACUCCUUCAUGCAGGUUGCCGGGAUCGUUAACGACCAUCUGUCAUGUUGCUUCAGAUUUCAGGCUUGCAGCCAGCACAAGGCCAGUGAAAAGUGAAAACGGUGCGAGGGCAGAGCCAGCAUUGCCUGAUAGAAGGUUGGGCUCGGCAGCUUCGGAGGGUUCAGAUAUCAGGGAGGUGUAGCAAGUCUACUAGAGUGAACCUGAGCUGUUUUUUUUAAUCUGUGAUUGUCAGGACAGUUUGACAGUGCAUUGGGAUGCUACUGAGCAAGUGGUUCAUACUGUAUAUGCGUUGUAUAAGAUCGUGCAGCUUUCUGGCGGUGUGGA